AUGAAUAAAUUUACACAAACUUUUAGAUAGCAACAUUUAGAAAGUCUAUAUCAAAAGGAAAAGGAGUAAUAUUGCUAUGAUACCUUUAGGAAGAUAGCUUUCUUAUCUUUUAUCAUAACACUAAUCAGAUUAAUAAGUUUUGCUCGCUAAGAAAAUGUUGUAGGUAUAUUAAUCACAUCAUCAAUUUUGUCCAUUUUGAUACUGAUGUAUGUUUUAAUUCUAAAAUUCUGUUCCUCUGGUGCCAUAUUCUGUAUGGCCUUUAUAAAUAAUAUGCUUAUUUUGCUCUAAAUUAAUGAUUAAUAAGGGACUAAUUAAUUUAUUCUUGGCACCAACCUAGCCAUUGCACAUACAACUAUACUUUUAAUUAUAGAUUAUAAAUUGGCAGUAAUCAACAUUUUUUUUUAAACUACUUUCAAAUUACUUAUAGCAGGGCUCUUUGAUACAUAAACUGAUACUUGUUCAGUUGUAUUAUCAAUUUUAUGUCCGCUUUGUUUUAUAUCCAUAAUAUCCACAAUUGACAAACAAAGAAGAUUGCUGUUUUUGAGUAACAAUCAAGGAAACGAUUGGCAUUAAUUAUUGCCUUCAGUGAUAAGUGAUCCCUUUGUUCUCUUUUCAUUUGAUCACAAUAGAAUGAGUUUUAAAUACAAGAACUCUAGCAAGAUAGACAGAUUUCCAUAUUGUAAUUAAGAACUCUCCCAAGAGGACAAUUUUAAAUAAUUUUUUAGACUCCAACACAUAUCUGAAGUGUCAAUCGAAUAAUUCAUUUUGAACAGAAUAGAAAAGCAAUCCAAGUUUUUUGAUCUAAAUCAAUUUACACUCAGACCAAAUCAAUAUGAUUCAGUUGAUUUUGAAGAAACCAACAUCCUCUUGGCUGAAUUAUAUCAUUUGGAUGACACCUUCUUGAUUGUUUUAGAGCAAUCAAAAUAGAAAGCCUUAUAUAUAGAAUCUACAAAAGAUAACCUAAUUAAUUUGAUUGGGUAACAUCAAUAACUAGUGCAUAAUUUCCUAAAAAAGCAGGCAUCAUUAAUAAACAUGAGUUUAUAGAAUGAGUCAUCUCGGGUUCAAUUGCUCUAUUAAUUAAAACUUCAUCAUUUGUAUUUUUCAGGAAAAUAUAAAAUAUCAAAUUCAUUUUCAUAAGCAAACAAAUACUUUGAAACCGUCAAUAUUGAUUUUAAAAAUGUUUUUCUAGCCAUAAUAUCACUUUUUGAAAAAGCCUAUUCUGGUAUCAACAUAUAAUUUGAUUGCACUGAUAGUAGGUUUGAUGUAGUUCAUUACAAAGAUAUGUCUUAGGAUUUUAUAAUUCAAUUGUUAUAAAUGUCAUUAAGAAAGACAACAAGAGAUUAGAGUUCUAAAACAAGAAUACUUUUGCAUACCAAAUCAGAAAUUUUAUUUGUUCAAAUUAUUUGUCUAAAUUCUUAUAUUCUAUUGGAAAAUUUAAACAAAAAUCUGGUUAUCAGACUGUAUCUAAAAUUGCAUUCUCCAGAAUCUGAAAUUAGAUUGAGUGAUAAUGGCAUCAAAAUUUAGUUGUAUAAAGAUGUGUCAUAAUUGAAGUCAUUAAAUAAAUUUCAAGAAUAUAAUUGA